AUGGGGGAUCGCCACAGGGGGCCCCUUGGGCCUCCUGCUGACUAUGCUGAUGUGUACAGACAGCAGCAGCAGCAGCAGCAGCAACAGCAGCAGCAACUCCACUGGUCGCAUUCGCGUCUUAUGCCAGCCCCUUCAUUUGUGUCUCCUCCUGUGCAGCCUCCUGUAUGGCCAGGCAUGCAGCAGCAGCAGCAGCAACAGCCAGCAGCAGCAGCUGCUGCUUCCGCUGCUGCUGCUGCGGCGGCGGCGGCAGCAGCUGCUGCUGCAGUAGCAGCAAACAGCAACAAGGGCCCCCCACCAUACAGACAGCCAGGAGACUCUCUUGGGUACCACCGCAGCUACAGCAGCAUCAACAUAGGCCGAGGUGUAUCUGAGGGGGGCCCUAGGGGGCCCCCCAAGGCUGGUGUACCGCUGCAGCAGCUGCAGCAACAGCAGCAGCAGCUGCAGCAGCAACGGUCUUGGCAAGAUAGCAGCAGCAGCACUGCUCCUCUUUCUAUGGGGAUAGAGCGGCAGAACACUGCACCUGUAGCUUCUGCUGCUGCUGCUGCCGCUGCCGCAGCAGCUGCUGCUGCUGCGGCUCUGCAGCAGCCGCAGCACCAGAACUAUCAACAGUCUAUGCAUUCGCAGCAGCGCCAGCAGCAGCAACAACAGCAGCAGCAGCAGCAGCAGCGUCACUAUAAUAUGCCUGGUGGAGGGACUUAUAGGGGCGGCUCUUAUCCCCCUGUAGUUGAUAGAAGAGACUCGAGCAGCAGCAGGCUGUAUAUGCAGCAGCAGCAGCAGCAACAGCAGCAGCAGCAGAAGCAGCAGUUGGAGGGAGGCUGGAUGGGUGGCGGUUGGGGAAACACCCGAGGGAGUGCAGCAGCAGCAGGACCAGGAACCGCAGCAGCAGCAGCAGCAGCAGAAGGGACAAGCAGCACGAUGCCUUUCUUAGAGGGCGUUGAGCUGUCUGAUGAGCUCGCGGGUAUAGCGGGAAUAGGAGGAGGAGGGGAGGGCCUUGACGGCAGCAGCAGCAGCAGCAGCAGCAGCAGCAGAGGUUCUUUCUUCUAUGACCCUCAGAGAGACCCGCGUCUGCAGCAGCAGCAGCAGCAGCAGCAGCAGCAGCAGCAGCAAGGCCACCGUUCCCGUAUGAUGCGGCCACCGCAGCAGCAGCAGCAGCAGCAUCCGGGUGUGGCUCGAUCGUCAUCUGCCGCUACUGCAGCAGCAGCAUCUGCAGCAGCAGCAGCUGCUGCUGCUGCAGCAGCAGCAGCAGCAAAGAAAGGAGACAACAGCAGGAGACCUGCUGCUGCUCCCUUUGCUCUUGACGAAGGGGCAUUAAUCUUAAUGAGACCUCAAGAUCUAGAUCUAGAUAGUCCCUUACCUCUUGAUGAUAUAUACGAUUGUGGGGAAGGAGGAGACAAUUGGUGUAUAAUUCCUUCUGAGGGUUUACGAGCAGCAUGGAGACUCCCUAUAGAAAGGAUUAAACCCUUUCUUCUUAUUGAUAGAUUAGCACCAGAAGAAGAACCAUGGAUCACAGGAGCGAAUAGGGUAUGCGUAAUAGGUUUACCUGAGGAUGUAAAUACAGCACAGGCUGCUGCAGUAGUUGUGGGGUGUUGGAUACGAGCCCUGGGAUCGUCGUAUCCAGAGGAGACAGUACAGGAGGAGACACUUCUUAGUCGUGAUAGUAGAGGAGGGACUCUUAUAGGCGACACCAGCAGCAGCAGCAGCAGCAGCCAGCAGCAGCAACAGAAGCUAGCGAGUUGUGUCUCCUCUCUGUGUCCUCCGCUGUCUCCUACUGAUGAAUUAGCUGAUCUCUUUGAGUUGUCUCCUGGGGGACAGCAGCAGCAGCAGCAGCAGCAGCUAUUAGGAGACAGUAGCGGAGGAGACACUUUUGUCUCCUCAUCUGCAGCAGCAAGCAGCAGCAGCAGCAGCAGCAGCAGUAUGGGGACACGGCAGCAGCAGCUGCUGCAGCAAGCCCUUGGUAUACAACAGGUGUCUCUUCUCUUUGGUACAGACACCACAGCUCUUAAUUCUUUGCCUCCUGCUGCUAUACGUCAGCCUACUGCUGCUGCUGUUGCUGCUGCUGCUGUUGCACCCGGUGCAGCAGCAGCAGCAGCACCCACCAACAGCAUGCCUGCUGUUUUGCUGCUGCAAACAGAAAACGAAGAAGCAGCAAAACGUCUAUGGCUUGUCUUCUCGUCAGGAGAAUGCAUGGUGUACGGAUUUACGCUAGUAAUGCUGCCUGACCCAACAGGCCUUCGUGGGUUUUGCGAGGCAGCAGCAGCAACAUUUUCUCCUAACGAUUUGCAUGCACUGCAGCAGCGGCAGCGGCAGCAGCAGCAACAGCAACAGCAGCAGCAGCAAAAGAAGAAGAGUGGGCCCCCUGUCUCAGCAAUACUACCAUACACAACAGAAGAAGAUCUCCCGCUGCUGCAGCAGGUGGCCCCACAGCUGCGUGCAGUUGCUGCUGUUGCUGCAGACUCCUGCUGCUGCAUGCUGCAGUUCGGGUGUAUGGAUGCAGCGCUGCAGCAUGCUGCUGUGUCUUGCCGAUUUAAAUCCCCUGAUGGUGGGGCUGUGCUCGCGCUGCUGCUCGCAGUUAAUACUCAGCAGCAGCAGCAGCAGCAACAGCACCAGCAGCAGCUACAGCAGCAGCAGCCACAGCAGCAACAGCAACAACAACGCAACGCGGUCUCCGCACUGCGUUUACUCCCUGCGGCCAUUCGUUUACCGCCACCCCCUGGUGCAGCAGCAGCAGCAACAGCAACAGCAGCAACAGCUGCUGCUGCUAACAGGCCGCUGCAGGACACCGAGGGUCUUCCUCCUGCCUUUGCCGAGGCUGUUGUUAGUGCUACGCGUAGCUUUAAGCCAGCAGCAGCAGCAGCAGCAGAAGCUGCAGCAGCAGGAAAGAAGCCGAGUCUCUCUGCUGCAACACCGGUAGCAGCAGCUGGUGUGUCUAGCAGCAGCAGCAGCAGCAGAGCCUCGACGCAGCACCAGUCUAAAGCUGCUGCUGCUGCUGCAGCAGGAGAGCCUCCAGUCAAGUUGAUCUCCGCAGCAAAUGCUGCUGUGGCGGACCGCAGCAGCAGCAACAGCAGCAGCAACGUCGAUAUUGUUGCUGCUGCUGCUGACACUUCUGCAGCAGCAGCAGGAACCCCCAGCAAAACAGCAGCAGGGGCAUUAAGCCGUCCUGCAGCAAAGUCUUCUCUAUCGCGCCCUGCGCUGCAGCAGCACCAAUCUGCUGCUACUCCUGCUGCUGCUGCUGCUGUUGCUCAGAAGCAGCUACCCCGCAAACGGCUGCGCCGUCUCCUCACGAGCAGCAGCAGCAGCAGUAGUAGCAGCAGCAGCAGCGGCUCCAGCUCAGAGGACGAACAGGGCCCAAGUACACAGGGCCAGAGCACUCGUCAGCAGCAGCAGGACCAGCAGCAGCAACAGCAACGAAAGCAGCAGCAGCAGCAGCAGGACAAGCAAUCUCAGCAGCAGCAGGACAAGCAGCCGCAGCAGCAGCAUGACAAACAGCCUCAGCAGCAGCAGCAGGACAAGCAGCAGCAGCAGCAGGAGAAGGCUAGGCUGCAGCCAGCAGCAGCAAAAGCAUCUCCUAAGGUGCCGCGGCUACUUGCUGCUGCUCGUCGUGCUCCUGCUGUAUCCUCAGCUGUAGCAACAGCAACAGCAGACACGGGAGCGUCCCUUCGUGCUGCUGCUGCUGACAAGGCUGCUGCUGCUGCUGAGAAGGCAGCAGCAACAGCAACAGCUGCAGUAGCCAAGGGAACAGGGGACACACAAAACACCCAAGCAGCAGCAGGUGCAGCACAGGCAGCAACAGCAACAGGAACCCCAGAAAGAGCAGCAGCAGCAGCAGCAGCCGACGCAGCAACAGAAGGAACCGCAGCAACAGAAGCAUCAGCAACAGAUGCAGCAGAAGCAGCAGCAGCAGCAGCAGCAGCAAAAGAGGCUGAUAACCGUCGCCGUAAAAGAGGUGAGGGGACACCUGGUCGUGCUGAUGAUGAGCCUGAAGCAGCAGCAGCAGCAACAACAGGAGCAGCAGCAGCAGCAGCAGCAGGAGAUACUACAGCAGCAGGCGCUGCUGCAGGAGAUACGUCAUCAGCAGAUACACAAGCAGAUACAGCAGCAGCAACAGCAGCAGGAGGAGGAGGAGAGAUAAAAGGAGACAGGGGAAUAGGAAGAGGAAGAUGGAGGGGGGGGAGUGCUGCUGCUCCUGCUGCUGCUAGUGCCCCUGCUGCUGCAGGCUCUGCUGCUUCUGCUGCUGCACAAAUGGCGAACAAUACAGAGCAUGCACACUCAGAGGCAGCAUGGAUUGAUGCCAGCAGCACCAGCAGCAGCAGCAGCGACAGCAGCAGCAGCAGCAGUAACAGCAACAGGGUACCAUUUAGCAGCAUGUCUUCUAUGGAUACCCUUAAGAGGCAGCAAACAGCACCAGCCAGUAGUACCCUUGGGGGCCCCACUGUUGAUUCCUUGGGGGCCCCUGACCCUCCUGGGGGGCCCCCAAGCGCUACUGCACCUCCCGCAACAGAAACCAUCCCCGAUGGAGCAGCAACAGCAGCAGGGGAAGCAGAAACACAAGCAGCAACAGCAGCAGCAGCAACAGCAGCAACAGCAGCAGCAGCAACAGCAGCAGCAGAAGGCGACGCAAUUGAGAAGCGAUGGAGUCGUGGCUCUGAUGGUCUCCCCUCAGGGUUUAGCCGAGGGGGCGCAGGGAGACGACGGCGUGGGGGGAGCAGCCGCAGGCCUAGCGAUGCAGGAGACACCAGAGACAGCAGCAGCAGCAGCAGCAGUUGCAGUAGUAGUGGUACAGACAGCAGUAGCAGCAGCAGCACAGAUGGCACAAGUAGCUACAGCAGCAGUAGCAGCUGCAACACAGAUGGCAGCAGCAGCAGUAGUAGUAGUACGGACAGUAGCAGCAGCAGCAACAGCAGCAACAGCAGCAGUAUUAACAGUAGCAGCACCAACAGCAGCAGCAGCAACAGCACUAACGCCAACAGCAGCAGUAUUAACAGAAGCAGCAGUCUUGUGGUAGCAGCAGCAACAGCAGCAGCAGCAGCAGUAGAUGGGGGCCUCCGUCGUUGCAGCAGCUUAGAGUAUACAGAAAAGGGUACAGUUGUGGGGCCCAUUGCUCGUCGUGGUGUAAGAGGACGGCCUCGCCUUAGGGGAGUAGGGGGGGCCCCCCGGGGAUCGGGGAUCGUCUCCAGGGGAUCGGGGAUCGUCUCUAGAGGUGCUGGGAUCGUCUCCCGGGGAUCGGGGAUCGUCUCCAAGGGAGGCGGAUCCCAGCGCCCCUCCUCCCCUGGAGGCGUAAGACGCUCGCAGCGAUUUGCCUCUGGUGCAGGUGAUGCGGAGGACCCGUAG